AUGGAGUCUGAUAACGAAACUAGACAUCGGAAUACAGGCCGUAAGUCGCGUGCCUGCUCGGAUGCCUCUAUGGCAUAUAGUCCGAGCUAUGAAGGACUUGUUGACUUAGCAGGCAUCGUCCAAACGAUUUCAAUCAAUGAAAACUUUGCAAUUUCCAUCGAAACAGUCAACUACGAGUAUUAUGAUUACGAAACAUCAUUGCUUCUUCGAGAAUUACCAGAAUCUACGGCAGCAGAAGUUCAAGAGGAGACAACUCCUCCAAUGAGACUAAUUUCUCUUGCUACACCAGUAGCAGAACAACCAAAGCAGUCCGAACCAGAGCCACAGCGUAGUGUUUCUGGAUUUCCACCACCACCAAUGCAGGCUACUCUUGUUAUGCCAUCAGAGACAAAGAGCCCAGAAAAAGAAGGCGAAGGCAAGGAUGACAUUCCACCAGAAGAUGACGAGGAAUUCAAGACAGUUUACUACGAGACAAGAUUGCUCGACUUCAAGGGAAUUGCCGGUGAUGAUCAAGACAAGGAAGAACUCCGUUACUUUGGUAACGCAACAAAGGCUGAGUUCGAAUCCGAUCUUAAUCUUUCCUUAUCCGACGACGACGAGGCUGAAGUUAAAAAUGACGAGGUUGAUAAUUCACAAGCAGACUAUUCCAAGUCAACAUACGAACGCUUCACCAACUACACAUUCCAAGAUAUUGUCCAAGCUGAUCCAACACUCAAGCCAUGCCCAGAAAUCAAGAUCAACCAUUCCCAUCCAACAGAAGUUGAUUUGGAUGACCAACUCGCUAACAACGAGCAAGUUAAGAAGUCACUCAAGUCACCAUUCUUAGACUUGGAUAUCGUUAAUGAGCUCGAAUCUAAGCCGAACCCAAUCUACGACAGAUCUGUCCUUGAUUUCGUCCAAGCAGCAGAAAUUGGUUCAAACCCAGUUCUCAAAUGCUAUGGUCCAAAGAUGAACGCACUCUCCUUCAACAAAGAGGUCCAGAACCCAUACUGCCCAGAGUCCAAGACACCAGAGUUCAUCCACCUCUUCUCCAAGUACAAGACUCCACCAACUCCAGAGUCAUCCAAGUUUAUGCCAGAUGAUUCAUGCAUGAGACACAACUUCUGCUUCGAAAAGGACAUCAUUGAGGUCCUCCCAGAAGAGUCUGCAAUUCCAAAGGCACCGUUCGCCUUCGUUAACUUGAUCGAUUUCCAGAUCAAUGCAGAAGUCAUCGAACCAAUCAUCUGCAGCGCCUUCCUCUUCAACGGAGGCAAGAUCUGCACAAGCAGAUGGCAGUUCACACAUCCGAAAUGCAGAGACAUGAUGAAGGAUACAGGUGUUUAUCAGAACGACUAUCCAAGCGCCGGUUUCGAAAUUGGCGAAGGCGAAAUGUACCUCGUCAUCGAAAUCAGACGUCCACUUCUCGUUUCUGCUGGUCUUGAAGUCAACGACUACUACAUGAAGCCAGAAGAUCAGAAAUUGAAGCUCAAGGCUAUCGAGUGUGUCAAGAACUCAUAUCCAAGAACAAAGGCAAUCUACACAACAUUCGCUGUCAUCUGCACACCACUUGCCAGAAUCUUGGACAGCUCAGCCGCCCUCGAACUUCCAAAGCCACUCAUCGUCAACCAGCCAGCCACACCAGAGCUCAUCGAGAGAAUCAUCCAGAAGGACGUCACAACACACGAACUUCAGAAAUUAGACUGGACAAUCAAGCUUCAAGGCUUCAAGUUCAACGCCACAAAUAUUACAGAAGUUCAGGACAGAGGAUACUACGCCGUUCUCCAGACAAUGCCAAGUGUUUCAUAUCCAACAACAUUCUACAUCAACAAGUUCUUCUUCGGUCUCAGAAAGGUAUCAAUCAAGGCACAGCGCCAUGUCAAAGCACGUAACAUCUUCGCUAAGAUUUCUCUCUACGCCGGACCAGAGAAUACUCCUCUCAAGUCCAUCUACUCUCCAUUUACAGGAAAGCGCGAAGCUGUUGUCUACACACAAUGCUGGUACCACAACGAGCGCGCCCAGUUCAACGAAGUCUUCAUGGCCGAAAUUCCAUAUCCACUUCCACAGAACUUGCACUUCCACGUCGAACUCUUCCACGGUGUUGCCCAGGAAUCAAUGCUCGACUCACAGUACAUUGGCUCUGCCGAUGUUCCAUGCUACGACGAGAGAGGCCACUUCAAUCCACAACUUGCAACAGUUCCAAUCAGCAUCAAGGACCAGAAGGCCGAUGCAGCAGAUGAGAAGAAAUCAACAAUCACAUUCUCAACAAGAAUUCGCUCUACAUUCUACUCAGAAGAUCCAAAUAUCCAGGACUUCUUCCUUACAGCCUACCAGACAAAGAUUCUUGUCCCAUCCUGCAUCGAGAAGGCCCGUGCAAUCUACAUCAGAAUCCACUUGCUUUCCCUUCUCCAGAUUGUCAUCGCCGCCAUCUCAAAGCAGCCGUACAGAGCUUGCAAGGUCAUGUACAUCAUAAACAAAGUCUGUGGUCCAGCAAUGGGCAUCGAACUUAACAAGGUUCUCCACACAUGGGCACUCAACUACGCCUUCCAGUCUGCAUCAGAGAAGACACAAGCACACCUUCCAAUCUUCUCAGCAUGGAGCGAGUUGAUCGAAGAGAUGAAGGAGGCAAACGAGGAUCAGCACCUCGUCAACUUCUUCUUCAUCCUCAUGUUCAAGUCUCUUGCUGUUUCCAACAACAAGACAUAUAUGGGAGCUGCCGAAGCAUGGGUCAACGCAUACUUCAAGCACCUCUUCCUUUAUGUCACAGACCAGAACCAGAUCCGCUUGAGAACAGACAAAGUCGGCUGGUUCGUCAACGCUCUCUUCGACAUCGGAAAGUACACACUCAUAGGAAAGAUCCUCAACCUCGCUAUCAAGCACAACUUCGACAAGUCGAACGAGAUCGUUGUUCUCCAGAGACUUGUCAGAAGAGUUAUCAGUCCACGUAUCUUCUACGUUCUUUCUGUCCACUACACACCAUUCAAAGAUCUUUAUCUUUACAUGUUCAACAGAAUGUACGUAUCAAUGAACAACGAGACAUUCUCAGAUUUCGCCUUCACAUUGUACCACAUCAACAUGUGCCUCGACCCAGGAAUGAGGAAGGAACUUGCAGCAUCAUACGACACAAUGAAGGGCUUCAAGACACCUCUCCAGGGCUUCUUCUACUCAGAUAUCGAUGCAACACAGAUCUCAGAUGCAGAUUUCCAGUCGUACUGGGAUGGAAUCGAUCACCGCUCAUUCUUCAAGAUCUUCCACCUCUAUGCGACAAUCUACAACUACAUGAUCAACUUCAUCCCAGAAGAGUUGGCUGCACGCGCACAAGUUGAAGUCAUCCACGCAAUGCAGAGAGGCUUCAUCGCACAGUUGUUGCCACUCAAUAGAGUCACAGCUGAUGAAGACAUCAUGGAAGUCAUGCAAUGCUACUUCCAGGUUGUUUCAGCUCACUUGGCAAUUGAUAACAUCGCACUCACACUCGGCGCUUUGUGCGAUUUCAUCAAGCGCCAUCCACAACAGACAAUCAAGUUGUCCAACCCAAUCUUCUCUGUCAUCCUCAAGUACGUGUUCAACCUCUCUAAGGCUGACACUGAAUCUGCUACGAAGGUCAUCGAUACAAUCUUCGAUCCAAACUUCGGAACAGAAGUCUUCGGAAUGGCUCUUGCAUCUCUCGCAAUGGCUGUCUGCACAACAAAGACACCAGUGCUCGACCUCACUGUCCUCAAGCCAAAGAGCCCUCUCGCUAGAGAUGUUCCAAAGAUUAUCCAGAUGAGAGAGAAACCACUCGAUGAAAACAUUUCGGCUUUCAUCGCAAAGAAUGUUAUCUCUGUCUUCUAUGAGUCCCAGAGAAAGGAAAUUUCUGAUUCCUUCAACUCAUUCUUCGAAUACUUGAAGACAAAGGCUAAUGACCCACUUCCAAAGUUCAAAUAA